AUGACAUCAACACACGACAAAAUCCGCCAGGCAGCAUCGCGCAACACCGAGCUUCUCGCCGGUCUUCACGAAACAGAUUCUGCGCCUUCACAGCUGUACCAGCAGAUACAGUACAUCAACGACCUCACUUCGCAACUCAAAACUACCGAAAAACAGGUGACGCGCCUGAAGGACAAAACCGCUCUCGAGCUCAAAGACCACAAGAAAUACAACGAAUCCACCUUCCGACGCUUCGCGCACCGCGCAUCCGGCCGCACAGACCGCUUCAACGAGAAGGCCGCGAAAGAAGAGAAGGAGUACUUCGAAGCCAUACAAGCGCAGAAGACCGCCGAGGACGAACUAUCCUACGUGCGGCAACUGAUUUCCGAAGCAGAGAGUAAGAAAGCCCAGUAUGAGCGCGAUGCCGCCCGCCAUGAUGACUUACAACGCGAGCUCGACGCCUUGUACAAUUCCAUCUUCGCAGGCUACACGCCCGAGUUCCCCGAGGAAGAUGAAAAGGAGCGCGCGUGCGACGAGGCGAACACACGACUGCAAAACCUCAGCCAGACCCUCGAGAAAGAACGCCAUGUUCUGGAGCUCAUCAAGAAAGCAUGCGGCCGCCUUCUCGACGCGAAACGGCUGCUCAUGAGUGCACACGACAUGAGUACCAUGGACCUUUGGGGCGGUAGUGGGUUCGCUUCCAUGGCCAAGAGGAAUGCGCUUGAGCAGGCGGACAGCUGUAUGCAGCAGGUGCGCAUGUUAUCGCAACAGAUUCAGCAGAUCGAGCCGGGAAGGGAGGUCAGGGCGCUGGGGGCCGUGGAUGUGCAUAUCGGGAACAUCUGGAGUGACGUUGUGUUUGACAAUAUCUUCACGGAUAUGGAGAUGCACCAGCGCAUCCAACAAGCAGAAGCGCAGCUUGACCGCGCGCUGGGGAAAGGCGCGCAGCUAAUGAAAGAGCAGCAGGCGAGAGAGAAAGCACUCCUUGCAGACGUGAACUAUGCGAGCGGUGAGCUACGCGAAAGGAGGGUUGAGCUGCAGUGGAGUCGGGAGGAGGCGUUUCGCAGGGUGACGGGUGGGGAGGAGGUUGGGGAGCGGGUCAUGCCGAGCUUGAAUGUGGGUGGUGAGGACGAGGCGCCGCCUGCGUACUCGAGAGAGGCUUGA